GAUUUAAUAGAUAUACAAGAAAGUAUGAUGAAGUCAUUGAUGAUGAUGAGCCAUCACCUAUUUUUCCAAAGAUAGGUCAUCCAGUGGGCGGAAAGAGGAAAAGGAAAGGCAAAGCAUUUGCAUUGGAUGAUGUAGAUUGGGUUAAUGCACAUAGAUAUGCUUUAUUCAAUUGCGGUAAUAGGGAAGUUGGGGAGUAUAUUAGGUAUACUUUAUUUAUUAAAUCUUUAUAUAUUAUUUUUUGUAUUCUUUAAAUUCCACUAUAUAACAUAUUAUGUUUGUUUCUUAUUAAUACAGAGAGCACAAACUCUUGAUUGAGAAUCAACCGAGAAAACGAGGUAGAAGAAGAAAAUGGGUAGAAGCUCAAAGGCAUAGUAAGGAUUUUCUUGUAUGGUUUAAAGACACCGUGGCUGAAUCUCAAUCAAUACCCAAAUACAUGAAGUUUUUUUCGAUGGGUCCCAACAAUAUCGCCAAGAGAUAUAGAGGAUAUUAUAUUAAUGGCUAUACUUUCUACAUCAAAGCACGCGAUGAUACAUGCAAAACUCAAAAUAGUGGUGUUUCUUUAUUAAGUGAAGUGGAUAGUUAUGCAAGCUCUAGGGACCAUAAUCCUAUAACUGCUAAAGUGUCAUUCUAUGGAGUCAUACAAGAUAUCAUUGAACUAGACUACUGGGGCAAUUUUAGUGUUGUUUUGUUUAAGUGUGAUUGGUUUCAGCAUGACACGGAUGAAUAUGGGCUUACUCGUGUAAAUUUUAACAACAAAUGUCAUACAAAUGAUCCUUUUGUGAUGGCAUGCCAAGUGCAUCAAGUUUUUUAUGUGAAAGACCCUGUUGAAGAGGUUAAUAAGAAUUGGCAUUAUGUUUUGAAGAUUCCAAGCAAUGUGUUUGAAGAUCUUGGUGUCACUCAUAGCGAUCAAUAUUGGGCCGAGAAUCAUGACAACGAAAUGGAUUUGAUUGCAAGCAUUAAUGAUGAUGAUGCAGAUAAUAUUGGUUGGUGUAGAGAUGGUUUGCCGAGAUCCAUUGUUGACAUUCUGCCAAACAUGGAGGAGCUAGAAGAUGAAAAUGAAGGAGAAUCAGAAGGUGGAGAUCAAGAUUAAUCAGAAGGUGGAGAUAAAGAUGAAUCAGAUUGGGAUUGGACGGAGGAUACUCCUUAAUUUGUCUUCAAUACUUUGUACUUGUGUCAAGAUUGGAAUUGGAUGUGUUGCUUAUUUUAUUAGGGACAUUUGUGAUUUUAUUAGAUUUUGGACCUGAAUGUUUGUUUGGAGUUUAUGCGGUUAAAAUGAACCUGAUAUGGAUCUAUCUAGUUAAGUGCUUUUAUGAUAUAUUUUGUGUUCUGCAU